AUGGGCCAAGCUCGUGGUGUAAUUCCUGACCUUAAAGUGCCCAACUAUGAUUUCCUGGAACUGAUAAGGAACCACAAGCUGCCGUCGGGAAUUCAUUCCAUUGCUCCUAUGCAUUCAAAAUUGGGUGAUUGGGAAUGCAUUCUGGCAACAUACACAAAACACGGAAGAGACGACACGCAUUUUGUUUACUAUACAAGAGAGCAUAAUGAAACAACGACAGUACCUCCUAUUUCGUCUGAAUCAAUGUGGAGAGUGAUUUUCAACACCCCUGAACAUUUUCAAUACGCUCAGGAAAUUAUCAAAACUGACUUUGUUGGCAUUCAGGACUUGAACAUCCAAAAAAAUUUGGAAUCACUUGCACUAGAGUUAUAUGGAAUUGAAACUAUCUAUAAAAAGGUUGCAGAGGAGUGCAAAAAAUGGUACAACAUUUAUUAUAACAGGAACAUCCCAUGUGUCUCCAAGUCGGAAGAAUGCAUUGAAUUCAAAAAAGUUCUCGAAUCCACCGUUCCAAUUGUUAUUCAAACAAGAUUGAAAAUUUCGGAGUACAUCAAAGAAACUGAGAAACGAGACGGCAUUGUUCAAAAACCGUACGAGAACGUUCACAAUGAAGUAAUGCAAAUACAGAGAGAUCUUGGCAAAGUUGUAAAAGUCAUCAGAGAAAAAUAUAUAUCUUCAAUCCCUGUCAAUGACAGCCGACAAAUUGAUGGUUUGCUGGCAAAUGUCGCUGUUUACAGAAAUAAAGUUGUGCAGCAGAUCGAUGGAUUAAUGGAGAAGCCAUUUCCCCUGAAGUCCGUUCAUCUGUUCAUUACGAUUGGCACUGCUGAGUACCUGAAGGAAGUGAUAAACAUUCUUGAUUUCAUCAAAAAAUUGGGAAAACUUGCCAAAGAAUCUUUGCUCGUGGUGACUAUUUUGCGAAACAGUUACAAGUACUGUUGUUCUGCACGAGCCGUGAAAGAUCGGAACAAAAUCCUUGAAUUUUUCUCUGCCGCAUCAGAAAAAAUGAAGUUUUUGAAGUACAGAGUGGAAGAGAUAUUGGAGGAGCAUCCGAAUUUGAAGUAA